CCACCAAUAAUAUUCAGCGUAAUAUAAAAAACUGUCAUCUUUCUGAUAAGAAAUAGUACCAUUGAGAGUAAUAUUUUCACUGUUGCACUUCAUGAUUCAGUGUAUGAUUUGUAUGUUGGGUAUUGACAGAUAGCAGUUUUCGUUGUCAGCACGAGACAGUUUCCAGGAAGUUGUUUUCACUUCACUCUCAAGACAUUAUUGCUUGCAUAAGAUGAACUUUUUGUGGGCUACAAAUGAGAGGGACAAUCUCUCCAUCUCAAAUGGUGUAAGCUGUGAUUCCUGUUUGAAAGGGAACUUUAAAGGGAGGAGAUACAAGUGUUUGAUUUGUUACGACUAUGACCUGUGUUCUACAUGUUAUGAAUCUGGAGCCACAACAUCAAGACACACUGCAGAUCACCCAAUGCAGUGUAUACUUACAAGAAAUGAUUUUGAUUUAUUUUAUGGUGGUGAAGCCAUGAGUUCUGAUCAGCCACAGGCCUUUACUUGUCCCUACUGUGGUAAAAUGGGUUUUACAGAUGCAACUUUACAAGAACAUGUUGCCUCAGACCAUGUAGAAGCAUCACAAGAAGUGGUAUGUCCAAUAUGUGCUUCUUUGCCUGGUGGAGAACCUAACUACGUGACAGAUGACUUUUCGGAACAUUUAAGUCUUCAACAUAGGACACCCAGAGAAUUUGAUGAACCAGCAGGAAUUCGACAUGUAAGAAGAAUACCACAUCCAGGAAGAGGAACAGUUGGGGGUACUAGAACAAGACGAACAACAAACAUGCAUUUUUCGGGGAACACAGCUUUGUCGGGGCUUUCACCAGGGGGUAGGGAAACAAUGGAUCCAAUAGCAGAAUUAUUAUCGCAGCUGUCGAGUGUGAGAAGCCGAGCAGCAGCAGCACAAAGUGUAUCAUCACAACUACAACAGCUUGAAAUGCAGCUGCAAUCAACCAGGAAUCCAAACCAAACAUCGUGGAAUGCAAAUACAGUGCUCAAUUUCAGACAACAGUUAGAACGAUUACCAAAUAGACGACAAGUAGAAACAAAUAAAAAUAAUGCUGCUGGUAGUAGUAAUAAUGCCAGCGGUGAAAGUCAGAGUAAUAGUAGCAGUGCUGCAAAGAACAACUCUCCCUUUCUUCUAGCCAGGUGCUUUGAUUCCCAGGGUUGGACGGACUCAGACAAAAAGUAUGAGGAUGAAAGAAGUGAUAAAAGUUUAUUCAUACAAGAAUUAUUAUUGUCAGCAUUGACUGAACAAUUUAAGAUUUCUGAGGAGGAUUUAGGAUCAAAAGACAGUCAAGAGAAUGUGAUAGAAACCCCUUUAAAUCCUACUCCUCAAAAGACUACUAGUGGACAAGUUAAAGAAGUGGCUUCCAAGUCUUCUAUGACAGAAAAGCCAAGUCAACAAUCUACGGUACCGAAAGUUCAACCAUCUACUCGACCAGCUCACAGUAUGUCUGGUGGAGGUGGAGGUAUUGUUAACAACAGUGGGAUUCGUCACAGUACCAUGGCCUCACCACCGGGUCCCAUGUACGGAGGAAAUAUUUCCCAAUCUAAUCAACAUGGCCAAAUGGCUGGUGCAGGGAUUGGUGCCAGCAAUCCCCAACCACUACCAGGAAGGCCUGGUUCAAGAGACAGUCGGAUGAAUCCGGCAGCUGCUAAAAAAACAAUGUUUAAGCAGCUUCCCACUUCUAAAGCCUCUGACCGUGAGCCCCCUCCUCACUGAAGAUUGUUGUAAUUGUUUUACUAAUUAAUGAAGUCCAAAGAUGGAUGAUCACACUUAUUAUUAGAAUAUUUAUUUUGCUUCAGUCUUGUUAUAAAAAAAUGUCUCAUUGCCCAGUAAAGAGACCAACAGGGUUGAGAUGAUUGACAGCUUAUUUCAAAAAUGAGCUUUACGUAUAUUUCAUUUUUUUUUAAACUAAUAAUUGAAACAUGUUACAGAGGUGUGCUAAAUUUCUUGUUUACUGUGAUAUGAUGUCAAGCUAUAGUUUGUAUGUAUUCUCAAGUGCUUUCAGAUGACAGGGAACGUGAAUUAGGAAUCAAGAUAAGCUUCACUGCCUGUAAGAAGCUUUAGUGCAAACACAGUAUAUAUGUACAUGUAAUACAAUGUAAUAUACAUCUCUGUAGUAAUCAUAUGUUCUAUGUCAGAUCUACAUACCAAUAUUUAAACAGUAUAAUUCUAAAAACUUCAAAUGCAGAUCUCCUGUUGGAAUAUUUUAACAUGAAAACAGUGAACAUUUAAUAGCAAGAGUUGGGCUCAUUAUUUUUACAGUGCAAAAAUCAAACCUUUUUAAUCUGAAAUUUGCUUUUAUAAUUUCUAUUUUCACUUAUAUAAGAAGGUUUGAUGCAAUCACUUUUUUUUUCUCCCCCUUUACUAAUUUAAAAAGUAAGAUAAAUUUCAUAUGUACAAAAGGCAAAAUUCUGUUUCAUGAAAGCAUACAUGGGACCAAGGAAAACACACAGUCUCUGCUAUAUAUAGGUGUUUUGGUACAGUGAAAGUGUCAAGAGAACGUAAAAUUUACCUGUUCAAAUGGGUAGUUGCUAAAUUUUAAAGUACCUUCCCUUGUUACUAUGUAUGUUUUAGAGAAAAGAUUUCAGAGUUUGUGUAAGGCCUUUGCUCAUAGAUAAUUUUGUCAGCAAAUUUAGUUGAAAAGUGACUUUUUUGGGAUAUUAUUUAUACUACAAUACAGCAUAAUCUCUCAAUAUGAAUUACUGUCUCAUAUACUGAGGUAUUUUUUACUAUAAAUAGAAAAAGUCAAAAGAAAACGAGGUACUUUCUUAAUUUCUGUAAAAACUGAUAUUGAACUCAUCUCACCAAAAAGCUAGCAAUUUUUGCAACCUUUGUUUGUCUUUUGAAUAAACCAGUUUUCUUAAAUUCAAAAAACAGAUUGUAUUCAAAUCUUAAAUAAAAAAUAAAGAGAUGUUGUUUUUUAUACCUAGUGUAUUGAAAAGUAUGAUAAAUUAAGAUAUACUAAUGAGGGUUAAAUGUUUAGAAUUUCAGAAUAUACCCACUAUCGGGAGUAAAAUAAAAAAAUAAAGGCAAUUCUUCAUACAUUUCCAAGAGUAAUAGCUAGGUUUUGAAUAAGUAUUUGGUUAAUCAAUUUCCAAUAGCUUUUUAUGCAGUUUGAAAAUUAUAAUAGAUUUAAUAUGACAGAAAUAGUAUACAUCAAACAAUUAUGUACAAAAAUGCCAAUAUGAUGAAACUUGGAGGAUUUUGUAAAUAAUUUGCUUUUCCUGAUUUUUAUGUUAACUUCUCAAUAGCAUAUUUUUUUUCCAUAUGUGCAAUUUAGCCCCUUUAAGCAUCUAUUUAUGAUCCUUUAUUAUAAGAACUGAGGAAUGCAAAUUGUUAAUUUUCUGUCAAUUAUAUUUUUCAAUGUUAACAUCUAUUUUCUGUUUGCUGUCAUACACUGGUGUUUUGUCCUUUUCUAUUUAUAUUUGUUUUUCUAUAUAUAGGAUGAACUUUUCCCAACCUUUUGAGAGUUAUAAAAAAAAAAUAUUUUAACUAUUUCUAAAUAUAGUAACACUUCAACUCGGAAGAAUAUGACGGAAACUGUUGAGUUAAAAGUUCUACAUUGAAAUUUAUGAUCAAUUAUUUCAGUAUACAUGGUGUAAUUGUUCUAAUCAUUUAAAUAAAUUAUUUCAAACUAAGUCAUCAUACAUCAGGUUGUACUAUGCCAAUUUUCAUAAUGUAAAAAAAUGAGUGAAGUCAUAUAUUUAAAACAAUAACAUGCAUCUUAAUGAUCUUUCCACCAAAAAAUUAGUGUUGUAUUUUAUUAUUCAUGAAAAUCUGAUUUGAAUUGGUAUUUGAGAAUUUCAUUAAAAUUAAGCUAUGAGUAUGAUACUGUAAAUUCAGAAAUUAUUGUGAAUUUUGAAGAAAAGACAAAAUUGCAAAAUUGAUUAUUGCAUUGGGAAAUCAUAUAUUUACAAUACAAGUACUUAUUAUUGCGAUACUCACCUAGUCGCAAUAUUCACAAUAAUAAAAACCUCACAAUUAUAUCUAAAUUUACAGUAUUUGAAUUUUAAAAAAGAGUGUUUACUGUUGUCAGACUUGUUUGCUAUAAUUUUACCCAAUUUAUAUUUGAACAGAUCAGAAGUUACAAACACUUAUAAAGUUGAAGCUGGUCUGUCUUGUCUUUUAAAUACUAUCAAAGGGAGAAAUUGGCUACUUUUUUACGUAAAGAUUGAUCGGAUAUUUCUUACAUUAAAGGGGAAGUCAACACAAUAUUUAAUGUUUUGUUUAUUUAUAGCUUUAGUCAAUCAUACAAAUUCAGUGUCAUAUUUUGUACAUUUCCUGGUUAAGUUACGUGAUAUUAUGACAGAUUACCUCCCAUGUUAGUCUGCCAUUCAAAAUUUUCACAUCUUUCAUCAUCACAUCAAGACAACAAACUUCAGGAGAAAUUUAAAAAAAAAAGGUAAUAGCCUAUGAAAAGAAUUAAGGUGAUAUUAUAUCAUUAUGUUAAGGAAAUGAUUUACACAUCCUGUAUAAUUUUUUGGUUGAAUAUUAUUGAAAAAUAGGCCUAGUUCAGAAUUGAACAUAUUUUGUACUUUGUCAGCUGUUUUCUUUUAAGAUUUUACUGACUGACUCAAUUUAGUUUUCCAGUUACAUGGACUUAAGUUAAAUGAACACCAGUAGUGUUUUUGGAAGUUCCGUUUUUACUCUUCUUUGUUCUUCUUUUUAUAACAAAAUUUUGUCACAUAUUUUUUUCAGUAAAAGCUAAAACCAAAAGCUACAUUGGACUGAAUAAGGAUGUUAAAAUAUUUGAUUUUCAAGUUUCAUGAUUAUUUACACAAAAAUGGUGUUUUAUUCUCCCACUUAUACAAUGUAUAUUAAUGCUUAUAUGUAUUGGUAACAGUUUGUUAUGUGACAUCCAAUUCCAAUGAUAUUUAAUAGAAACAUUAAGACCUCAAUUUGGAGUGGAAUAAACAGAUUUGCCCUUGAUAAUGAUUUUAUAAAGAAAAGAUAAUAAUUGGAAGAUAUAAGAUAUUAAAGCAUCAUUUUCUUCUGUGAAAGUAAAACAAAGUGAAAAAAAAUGCCUGUGUUUCAUAUAAAUAAUUUUCAUAUAAAUAAUGUCAUGCAUACAGUUGAAAGUGGCCUAUACUUCAGCUUCCAUACAUCAUAUAAAUAUUUAUGGAUAGUUUUCCUUGUAACUUCACACAGAAGAUACAAACUUGAAUCAUAUGUGUACAUGGUAUAUAUACUGUGAUAGGGAGAAACCCUAUCUCAUUGUUUAAUGAAUUAACAGAUAUAGAUAUAAGCGUGGAGAAGUUUGAAUGUUAGAGGAGAGGAAGAUGAAUGUUCAUAAAUUGUUUGAAAUGGAAUUAAAAUUAUAAUACAGAUUA